AUGUCUGAGUUAGCAGGCUCUCAGACGCUCUUUGUGCCUGAAAACGAAAGAGUCUCUUUGGACGUCAACAACCUCGCCGUCACUGUCAAAUCAAAAGAUGUGGAGUCAGGUGUGGUGCCCAUUCUUGACAGGGUAUCCUUUGAGCUCCCCACAAACAACAUCAUGGCCAUCAUGGGCGGCUCCGGUGCCGGCAAAACAACCCUCCUUAAUGUUUUGGCCCAGAGAUUGAAUGUCCACCAUGCCACCAUGAGCUUCUCCGGUUCGGUCGAGUACGAAACCGCCAGUGGGAAGAAGAUCACCACCGCUUACAUGCAACAGGAGGACGUGUUCUUGCCUGGUCUUACGCUUCAGGAAACGUUGAUGUACCAGGCCGAGCUCCGGAUGCCUGGAAUCACGCAGUUUGAAAGAAAGGAGCUUGUGGAGUCGCUCUUGCUGCUUUUGAUGUUGAACCACCGUGCUGACGAGAUUAUCAAGUCCUUCACAAACCACAUCAACCUCUCGGGCGGUGAGCAAAGAAGAACUUCUUUGGCCAUCCAGCUUCUCAACAAACCCUCGUUGCUUUUCCUCGAUGAACCCACCACAGGUCUCGACACCACUUCUGCAUUGACGCUUGUCCGCAUCUUGAGGACCUUGGCGUCUCCCCAAAUCGGCAUUACCAUCAUUCUUUCCAUCCACCAGCCUCGUCCAGAGAUUGCUGCUCUUUUCGACAAACUCUGCGUUUUGGCUCGUGGCGGAAGAUUGAUCUACUGUGACGCCUUGGCCGAUGCCAAUGCGUACUUUGCACGUUUGCACGAGAAGAAGGUGGUCGAAAAGCUUGAGGAUGCUGACUCCUUCCAAACUUUCAACACACUCAUGUCGAUGUCGGUGAAACUGACCCGUUCGGCCACCGAGGAGGCCAGAACAUCUAGAAUUGUCGACUCUCUUGUGGAGUCCUGGCGUAUGGAGCACUCUAGGGAGUUCUCUUUGACCACCAACGAGGAACAAAGCAAGUUCAAGGGCAACUUGAAGAAAUUCUCCUCCACACAGCCCUUGCCUCUCUGGAAGGAGAUCUACGUGCUUACCAGAAGAACAUUCAAGCUCUCGUACAGAGAUUACUUCUCCUUGAUUGCGCUUAACGGUAUGUCGCUCUCCUUGGCUAUUGUGCUCGGCUGGAUGUUCUGGAAACCACCUGCCGAUUUGGCUGGUAUCAGAUCGAUCACCUCUUCCCUUUACGUGGUGGUUGAGGUGCUCGGUUUUGCUCCUUUGCUCAUGGAGCUUGAAAGACUCUGGGCUCACGAUGGUGUUUUCUUCUUCAAAGAAUAUAAGGAACGGUGCGUGAGUAUACCUGGAUUCGUCAUCUCCAGACGUUUGGGUAAGCUUUUGCUUGAAGAUAUUCCUGUGUCUUUCUUGUUUUCCGUGGUGACCUACUUUAUGUGGGGCUUGCGUUUGGGUCCAGACUACGAGGGCCCUCAGAAUGACCCUUACCAUUUCGGAAUUUUCUAUGCUAUUGCUUUCCUUGUUACGGCGAUUGCAUUUUCCACCGGUUUUCUUUGCUUCACCUUGGGCUCCGACUUCUCCAUUUCAGCCCUUAUUUCGAACGCUUUCUACCAGCUUCAAAACUCCGGAUGUGGUUACUUCGUCAAUGCUGCCACUAUGCCUGUCUAUGUUCGUUGGGUCAAGUACUGUGCCUACUUCUGGUACGCUUUUGGUGCUCUCACUGCUAACCAGUACACUGACUGGAACGGACAGUGCCCAUACCCUGAAGGCGAUGAAGGAUGUCUUGAGUUCACUGGUAACUACCAGCUCAAUAUGUUGGGAUUCCCACAGAACUGGAUCGGUGAACCUAUUGGUAUCCUCGUUGCUUGGUGGAUAGGCUUCAACAUCAUAUCUGGUGUUUGCCUCUGCUUUAGAAACUACGACAUGGCCGUGGCUAAAAAGAAGAAGAACAGAAUUGGUGGUGACGAGGAGGACGAGAGAAAGCUCAACGAGUUUUCCAGCGACUGCAGCGAAGAAAAAGACCGUGUGGCUAGAGACAGUGUUGCCAUCAAUGUCAAGAAGAUUACCUUGUCCGUCAAGGUCAGAGAAUCUCGUUCUCUCCUUGCUAAGCGUGUCGACAGGGUUUUGCUUGACAAUGUGACUGCCAACUUCAAGGCCAAUGCCGUCAACGUGAUCAUGGGUCCUUCUGGUGGAGGUAAGACCACAUUCCUUAACUUCUUGGCUGACCGUUUGCCCAAGACCUCCAGCUUUUCCAGAAGCGGCAACAUCCUCUUGAACAACUACACUGAGGUUUCGCCUUCUGAAUUCUCCAAGAUUGCAGCUUAUGUUACUCAGCACGACAAUUUGUUAAUUCCCCAAUUGACCGUGCGUGAGACGCUUUACUUCCAGGCUAAGUUGCGUUUGCCUGUUGAAGAGCACCUGAGAAUCCCAUCGAUCAUCGCUUUGCUUUUGAGACAAACUGGUCUUGUUGACUGUGCUGAUACUCCAGUGGGAACUGCCACUGUCAAGGGUAUCUCCGGUGGUGAGAAGAGAAGAGUGUCCAUUGCUAUCCAGCUUUUGGGCAGACCCAAGAUUUUGUUCCUUGACGAGCCUACUUCUGGUUUGGAUGUUGCUACCUCUAAGUCCAUCCUCACGCUUUUGCACGAAUUGGCUGAACAAGGCACCACAAUCAUUCUGACCAUUCACCAGCCCAGCAAGGAAAUGUUCUGGCAAUUCGACUCGAUGGUGUUGCUUGCUCGUGGUGGUUUCGUUGUUUACAACGGUGACGUUGAUGUCAUGCCUCGUUACUUCGACAAGCUUGGCCACCCAUGCCCUCAGGAUGUUAACUUUGCUGACCACGUUUUGGAUACUGUUUCGAAGAGAUCUACUGAGUCUAAGGAGGAGUCCUUGGCUAGAGUCAACUUCAUGAUCCAGAACUGGAAGGAGGAGGACCAGAUCAGCGAGAAGGAAGCCUUGAUAUUGAAUGAGAUUGAUCUCGCCAAGUACAAGCCGAUUGGUGCACCUCCAUUCAUGGCUUUCAAGACCGUGCUCCACAGAACUACCAUCGUCUCGUUGAGAUCGGUUGAUGUCAUGUUUGCUCGUGUGUUCCAAGUUUGUGCUCUUGGUGCCAUCUACGCCAUUUUCUUCGCUCCAUUGAAGAACAACGUUCAAGGUAUCAGUGACCGUUUGGGUCUUACCCAAAGUGUGAUUAACUUGUACUUCUGUGGUUUGAUCAACAACUUGAGUAUCUACCCUACCCAGAGAGAUCUUUUCCAUCAAGAAUACAAGGACUCCGCCUACGGCACCUUGGUGUUCCACGCUGCUUACCUCCUUGUGGAACUCCCCUUCGAGUUUGUUCCAUGUGUGUUCUUCUCAGCCUUGGUUGUCUUUGGCAUUGGCCUUCCAAGAAACGCUGGUAUGUUCUUUGCUAUGCUUCUCACAUCCACGCUUGUCACCAACUGUGGUGACUCAUUGGGUAUCAUUUGCACGAGUAUCUUUGAACACUUGGGCUUGGCCACCAACGUUUUGGCCAACAUUGUCAUGGUUGCCAUUUUCAUGGCUGGUACAAUGUCCUUGCACAUGCCUCCAUUCUUCCAAGGAUGGAACUAUAUCAACCCAGCGAAAUACGCUGUUGAAAUCUGCACCAACUUGGCCUUCCCUAACCAAGAGUUUGAGUGUGGAGAGGGUGCCGCUGACUGUUCGCUUAACACCGGUCAGGCUGUUCUUGACUACUACGGUCUUGAUGCCCAGGUGGGCAAUGCCAUCGGAGCCUUCAUUGGCUGUGUGGUGAUCUACCGUAUUGUUGCCGUUGGCUGCACAUACACUAGAGCCAGAUUUUUUGUAUAG